AUGGCGGAGUUGCCCGCCACAGAAUUAACUGACUUGGCUCAUGCCAAUGGCAGGUUCACCAUUAGCACCCUGAUCAGCACCGAGGACAGCGGCAAACCUCACUAUGGACAGCCUGACACUGUCACCUAUGAGGCUACCCAUCCCAGCCACCUCACCCACAGCAGCACUUACUACAUGAGGACCUUUGGCUACAACACAGUGGAUGUUGUGCCGACUUACGAACAUUACGCCAACACGAAGGUGGCAGGUGAAACCAGUAAAGUUAGGCCCACGCUGGAAGAUCUACAUUCUUUCUUGAAGUCGGACAAUAGCUGUCUCCACAACCCGGUGUACGAACCGCAGAAAAGUAACGGCUUGAGUGAUGAAACGACUGAGGAAGAUGGCAGUGAGGGUGGGGAAAAGCCUCAGGGAGAGCCUGUCCGAUUUGGAUGGGUGAAAGGGGUGAUGAUUCGAUGUAUGCUGAACAUCUGGGGUGUGAUUCUCUAUUUGCGAUUGUCCUGGAUCACUGCACAGGCAGGAAUUGCGCUCACAUGGCUGAUUAUCUUGAUGUCUGUGACGGUGACAAGCAUCACAGGCUUGUCCAUCUCUGCCAUCUCCACCAACGGCAAAGUGAAAUCAGGUGGUACGUAUUUCCUUAUCUCAAGAAGCCUCGGUCCAGAGCUGGGUGGUUCCAUCGGUCUCAUAUUUGCCUUUGCGAAUGCCGUGGCUGUGGCGAUGCACACGGUGGGAUUUGCGGAAACUGUGCGCGAUCUGAUCCAGGAACAUAACUCGCCUAUUGUAGACCCCACAAAUGACAUCCGCAUCAUAGGGGUCAUCACGGUGACAGUGCUACUUGGGAUUUCCUUGGCCGGAAUGGAAUGGGAAGCAAAGGCACAGGUGCUGUUCUUCAUAGUCAUCAUGAUUUCCUUCUUAAAUUACAUAGUGGGGACGGUGAUUCCAGCCUCCGAGGAGAAGCAGGCAAAAGGAUUCUUCAGUUACCGAGCUGAUAUUUUUGCUCAGAACUUUGUGCCAAAUUGGCGCGGACCAGAUGGCACCUUCUUUGGUUUGUUUUCCAUUUUCUUUCCAUCAGCGACUGGCAUCUUGGCUGGAGCCAACAUUUCAGGAGAUUUGAAGGAUCCAGCUAUAGCCAUUCCCAAAGGCACUCUGAUGGCUAUAUUCUGGACUACAAUAUCCUAUCUGGCUAUUUCUGCUACAAUUGGUGCUUGUGUGGUACGUGAUGCCUCUGGCAGCGUGAAUGACUCCAUUCCUGUUGGCUCUCUGGGCUGCGAAGGACUUGCUUGUGACUAUGGCUGGAACUUCACGGAGUGUGCUCAGAAGCAAAGCUGUCACUAUGGGCUCAGCAAUUAUUACCAGACUAUGAGCAUGGUAUCUGGAUUUGCCCCCCUGAUCACGGCUGGAAUCUUCGGGGCCACCCUCUCUUCUGCUUUGGCCUGCCUGGUCUCAGCACCCAAAGUCUUCCAGUGCCUGUGCAAGGACCAGCUCUACCCUCUGAUCGGCUUCUUUGGGAAGGGCUAUGGGAAGAAUGAGGAGCCCAUCAGGGGUUACAUGCUGACCUACAUCAUAGCAGUGGGGUUCAUUCUUAUCGCUGAAUUGAACACUAUUGCCCCAAUCAUCUCCAACUUCUUCCUGUGCUCGUAUGCACUCAUCAAUUUCAGCUGUUUCCAUGCCUCCAUCACCAACUCGCCGGGAUGGAGACCAUCCUUUAGGUAUUACAGCAAGUGGGCUGCGCUUUUCGGUGCCGUCAUCUCUGUCGUGAUCAUGUUUCUAUUGACCUGGUGGGCAGCCUUGAUAGCCAUUGGCAUCAUUGUCUUCUUACUGGGAUAUGUGCUCUACAAAAAGCCUGAAGUGAACUGGGGCUCAUCUGUGCAGGCAGGUUCAUACAACUUGGCCCUGAACUAUUCCGUGGGACUCAAUGAAGUCAACGAGCACAUUAAGAACUACAGACCCCAGUGCCUGGUGUUAACGGGCCCUCCGAACUUCCGCCCAGCCCUGGUGGAUUUUGUGGGCACUUUCACCAAAAACCUCAGUUUGAUGAUUUGCGGGAAUGUGCUGAUAGGACCAUGCAAGCAGAAGAUGUCAGAAUCCAGGCUCACCUCCAACGGUCAUAUAAAGUGGCUGACCAAGAGAAAGAUCAAAGCUUUCUAUACAGACGUGGUAGCUGAUGACUUGAGAAGUGGAGUCAAAACACUUAUGCAGGCAUCCGGUCUUGGGAAGAUGAAACCCAAUAUCCUGGUGAUUGGGUACAAGAAGAACUGGCAGACAGCUCAUCCUAGGAUGGUGGAGGAGUACACUGGAAUCCUGCAUGAUGCGUUUGACUUCAAGUAUGGAAUAUGCUUAAUGAGAAUGAAGGAAGGGCUGAAUGUUUCCAGAAUGUUGCAGGCUCACAUUAACCUGGUUUUUGACCCAGCAGAAGACCGUAAAGAGAAUGGAACAAAUGGUGUGCUACCCACUGUGACCGGCACAUUGGAUCCUGAUGCGCUUACCGCGGAACAGCAAGCAAGCACCAUCUUCCAGACUGAACAGGGCAAGAAGACUAUCGACAUCUACUGGCUCUUUGAUGAUGGAGGUCUGACGCUCCUGAUUCCGUUCCUCCUCAAUCGCAAGAAGCGGUGGGGCAAGUGCAAAACCCGGGUGUUUGUUGGUGGGCAGAUCCACAGGAUGGAUGAAGAGAGGAAGGCGAUUGUCUCUCUAUUGAGCAAGUUCCGACUUGGGUUCCAUGAGGUGCAUGUCCUUCCAGACAUUAACCAGAAACCACGCCCUGAACACAUCAAGAGAUUUGAUGACCUGAUCGCCCCCUUCAGGCUGAACGAUGGGUUUAAGGACGAGGCCGUGGUGAAUGAAAUGAGGAGUGACUGCCCCUGGAAGAUUUCUGAUGAGGAGGUUAAUAAAAGCAAAGUGAAGUCACUUCGACAAGUGAGACUGAAUGAGAUCUUGUUGGAUUACUCACGGGAUGCUGCUCUCAUAGUCAUAACCUUGCCAAUAGGCAGAAAGGGGCGAUGCCCCAGCUCCCUCUAUAUGGCCUGGCUAGAAACCCUCUCACAAGACCUGAGACCCCCAGUUAUCCUGACCAGAGGAAACCAAGAAAAUGUUCUGACGUUUUACUGCCAAUAG